AAUAAAUAAAUAAAUAGCUCAAAUUCUUUCGUUCAUAUUCCUUCAGUCCUCAGUGUUCUUCGGACCUGUGCUACGGAUUUUGGUGCAAUAGCUUCCGCUCUUCGAAGGUUUGGUUUAGUUCGGUAUCUAAAUCCAUUUGUACGAGGAAUGAUUGAGGAUAUCUCGAAUUUGGGAUUGGUGAAGCAGAUAGAGCCACUGCGAAGUUUGGAGAAACCCUAGAAUUGUUUCUGAUUAGAGGUAAGGGAUGGAGAUUCUUCCAUUUGAGCUGAUAGAGGACAUCCUCCGCCGCCUGCCGGUGAAAAGCCUCAAGCGGUUCUGUGCGGUGGCGAAGUCAUGGUUUUUGCUUAUAGAGAGCGAGAAUUUCAGGAAGUUGCACUUGCGCCAGUCGUUGCUAUCGAAUUCCAAUCGGAGUCUUCUGCUCGGAGGCCUUGGUCUGUAUAAUAUCAAGCUGGAUGCAAUGGACAAGGCUGAGGUAAUGAAGCCGCCGUUUUACUACAAGAGUGUUGAUUGGAUUUCGAAUUCGUGCCACGGUAUUGUUCUUGUGAUGAGUGACCCCCCUGUGUUGUGGAAUCCGUUUUCGACAGACUAUAGAGUUCUGCCUGAUUGUGCUGUUGAGUAUGAGACUCCUGCGGAAGCUUAUCCGAAGACUGCUUAUGGAUUUGGUUACGAUUCCAGCAAUGAUGAUUACAAGGUUGUGAGGAUUGUGGAAGUCAGGCAUAAGUUUUCACAUGUUUGGAUUGCGUCGGAGGCGAAGGUUUACAGCCUUAAAUCGAAUUCCUGGAGGAGAAUUGAGGAUUUUCCUUAUCCCCUGCCUUUCUUGAAGGGAAAUUGGCGUGUCCAUGUUCGUGGAUCGAUGCAUACGCUGGUUGAGGAUCCGAAUAAUGAAGACGAGAUCAGAAUAAUGUGUUUCAAUGUUCAGACUGAGAAGCAUUAUCAGAUGAUGUUGCCGCAAGGUGUUCGGACUGAUGGUUUUGAUGUAACUUUGGAUGUGCUUGAUGGGAAUCUUUCCAUGGUAUGUACUAAAAGACAAAGGAUUGUGAUUUGGGUGAUGAAUGAUUAUGGAGUGAAGGAAUCGUGGUUUAAAUUGUUGUCGGUUAGUACACCUGCCAUUGAGAGGAAUGAUAUUGUGAAGCCAUUGGUGUAUUCGAAAGAUGGAAAGAUGGUUUUGUUGAAUUGUGAUGAUAAGCGGCUUAUUUGGUAUGAUUUACGGACGAAAGCUAUUGAGGAAGUUAUAGUAGAGGGCAUGCCUUUUGUGUUUUAUGCCGAAAGUUGUGUUGAAACCCUCAUUUCUUUGAACAACAAGCAAGAAAUCAAAAAACAAAUUCCGGUGCGAAAGAAGGAAAAGAUCAGAAACAAGAGAGAUGAUUUCUUGUCCGAGGGAUUCAAGCUGGUUCUCUGACAGUAAGAGCAGAAGAAAGAGACCAAACUGAAGAAAGAAAGCUAGCUGGAUAUGGCAGUAUAGGUAAUUUAACACUUCUGCCGUAGCCAUAGCCGUAGCAUUUUAAUUAUUUCUUCUAAUUAUGUUCUGGGUUUCAGUUCUGAAGUAUUAUUCUCGUUUAAGCAGUAAAGUAACAAUGAUCGGCAUCACCUGCAUACAGCUUCAUGAGUCCCAUCAGCUUCUCUAUAGUCUUCUCUAGUUGAUAAGUGUUCAAGAUAUAUAUAUAUGUGUGUGUGUGUGUGUGUUGUGUGUGUGUAUGUAUAUAUAUAUAUGUGUGUGUGUGUGUGUGUGUAUAAAAUUCAGCCUGUAUUGUAUGAACUUAGUUUUGCAAGUUUCACUUGCAUUUCAUUGUACAGUAUGUGUAAUGCGUGUGAUUUGAAUUUGAAUAAAUAUCCGCUGAUGCAAUUGUUGUCCUAAUGAAAAAUAUUUGUUCAUGUAAUUGAUUAAUUAUAAAAUAAAAAUUACCUGCUUUUCAUUUCACCCUGAGAAAAUAUCAUUACAUGUUUAUGUCGAGGAUAAAAGAACUUUGCUAUCAGACAUUAGAUAUCUAUAAUCAGCAAAAGGAAGUAGAAUGUGGAUUUGAAUAUGUGUGUAUAUAUAUAUAUAGCCAUAUUAUACAUGUUCUUAUUUCCAUUUGCAAUGUCAUCACAUCAAAUUUGAAUUUACUUGUCCUUGUAGUAUAUAAUGAAUGUAAGGAAAUUAAUUUUGAUGUCGCCCAUAGUGUUGUCUUUUCCUUGAUUUAUUUUCAUUCUUUAUUUUGUCAUUAUGCGGUAAAGAAUAUUCUCAAAUAUUUAGUCGGGUAGAAUUGUAAUCAACAGUUUUUGUUAAUUAUACUUGUGCAAUUUCUCGCAUCACUGUGGUUGCUAAAUAUGGUCUAGUUUAUACACACACAUGUUAUACCAUCCGAUUGACAAACUGUUUAAAUUGUUUGGAAAAUGUCUUGAACUAGUUCACAUGGGGUACCUAUUGUAUUAUCGGGAGCAUUUGUAAGUUCUAACCCUGAUUCGUUACAAUCAACUAAAACUUCUUAAAAGUUAGAAUAAUAUUUAUAUAUAAAUUUUUCGGCGUGAGAUCUGAUUGUGCAAUUCAA